AUGAUUUCUUCACAGACAGCCCCAUUCAAGGUCGUCAUUUGCGGUGCCGGCAUUGCUGGGCUCUGCGCGGGCAUCGGGCUGGCUAAGCAGGGCCAUAGCGUGACUAUCCUGGAGAGCGCGCAAGAGCUGGCUGCUGUCGGCAUCGGCAUUCACAUCCCUCCGAAUGCGACAUUGGUGCUGAGGCACUUCGGAAUCCUUGAGAAGUUCUCAGAGGAUGCCAUCCAUCCUACGAGUUUCGUUUUCCGGCGGUGGGCUGACGGCUCGGUCAUUGGCAAAGUUCCCGUUCGGCGCCCAGCUCAGGACGAUUCUGCGCCGUACUGGAGCAUAAGGAGGUCUGACUAUCAGCGCCAUCUUUAUGAAGCCGCGGUCGAAGCUGGUUGCCAGGUCCGCUUGGGCGCCCGCGUAGAGGCAUUGAACGAAGAUAUUCCGUCGGUGGCUUUGACCGGUGGAGAAAUCCUCCAUGCCCACUUGAUCGUCGUGGCCAAUGGAAUCAAGUCAAAGCUACGUGAUUUCGUGAUUCCCGAGGAGGACGUCUCCAUGGUUAUCAACCCGUUAUCUUCAUAUCGUGCAUACCUGGACAAAGCUGAUCUGCUCUCCGACCCAAUCACGGCGCCAGUUUUCCAAGAGACUGCCACAAACGUGUGGGCCGGAUACGGUCGCCACGUCAUCGUCUACCCAUGUGGAGGCAACGUGUUCACGCUCGGUGCCACACAUCCUGCAAAGGAACUCGAAGCCAUGGAGUGGAACCGCUCUGCAAACCCAGAACAAGCUCAAGAAGAGUACCGUGACUGGAAUCCUGUGGUAAGUCGAGUCCUAUUUCAUGCCAAGGACGUCAAGAUAUGGAGGCUGGCCGAGGUCCCGCGCCUGCCGAGGUGGACAAGCAAGUCCGGCAAGGUAGUGCUUAUGGGUGACACAGCACAUGGCAUGGUUCAAUUCCUGGCUCAGGGUGCAGCCAUGGCAACCGAGGACGCAGCAGCACUUGCGGAAUGCGUGGAUAGGGCAAAGUCGUCCAGCCACAUACCGGCGGUCCUUCGAGCUUAUGAACGAAGUCGAAAGUGGAGAUGUGAGAUCGUUCAAGCUCAGUCCAGACGCAACGGAGACAUGCUGCACAUGCCAGACGGAGAGGAACAAGAGAACAGAGACAGGAAGAUGGCAGGGCUGGCGCAGAGUGGAAUGUGGGAAGCCGACACCGGUCCGAUGAUAGAUGCGGACUUUCGAAAGUUCCUAUAUGGACACAAUGUCGUCCAGCACACAAGGAAAAUCCUGGAUUUGCUGAAGCUCUGA